ACCACUGUGGAAUGAACGCCGAUUGACAGACCGGAGUACAUGUUUACACAUUUUACUUAUUUCCAAGUGACAAUCAUACAUUUUUAUUAAAAGAAGACAACUGUUGAUGCUUGUUCAUAAUGGCGUGGCGUUUUAAAGCAUCAAAGUUUAAAAAUGCGACUCCAAUUGUGCCAAAGCCUGAAGCUUGUGUUCGCGAUAUCUCGGUUGGAUCGUAUCAGACCUAUGGAAAUAACAUUGCCUCAUCCGCCGCCUUCAUGGCAUUCAAUGUCGAUCACAAUGGAUCAAGCCUGGCCGUUCUGCCUGUCAACGACUGCGGUCGCAAAAGCAAGACAAUGCCUCUGUUGCACGCCCACACUGACACAAUCACCGAUAUGGACUUCUCGCCUUUUCAUGACGGACUGCUAGCCACUGGAUCCCAGGACUGUUUGGUGAAGGUGUGGCACAUACCGGAGAAAGGCCUGGAGGAAAGCCUGAGCACACCGGAGUGCACUUUCUCGCACAGACAGCGGCGUGUGGAGACGGUCCGCUUCCAUCCGACAGCCGAUUGCCUCCUCACCACCUCCUCCUACACCUCCAUCGUGCUCUGGGACGUCGCCUCCCAAAAGGAAGUCUACACAAAUUCGGACCACGGCGACGUGAUUCAGUCGGUGAGCUGGAAGAAGGACGGGAGGCUGAUGGUGACGUCAUGCAAGGACAAACAGCUGCGUAUUCUCGACCCAAGGUCAAAAGCGCAGGGUAAGAGCAUAGUGCAGUCCACCGACAGCCAUCAGAACAUCAAGGACUCGCGCGUCGUUUGGCUCGGAGAGACGAAUCGAGUGUUGACUACUGGAUUCGAUGCGGCAAGACAGCGUGAAGUUUUUAUCAGAGAUGUGCGGAAGUUCAAUGAGGUGGAGAAAUCGUUGACUUUGGAUAGCUCAACUGGCAUUCUUAUUCCACUGUAUGAUCCAGAUACAGGAAUGUUGUUUUUGGCUGGCAAAGGAGAUACAACAAUAUCUUAUCUGGAAGUGACUGAAAGAGAUCCGUACCUGGUUGAAGGUAUAAGACACUCUGGUGAGCAGACGAAGGGAGCCUGUCUGGUGCCCAAGCGAGCUCUCAAUGUCAUGCAAGCUGAGGUCAACAAAGUGCUACAGCUGACAUCAUCAUCUGUCAUUCCAAUUAUGUAUCAGGUGCCUAGAAAGUCGUACAGAGACUUCCACAGUGACCUGUUCCCCGUGACGUCGGGCUGCGAUUCGUCGGUGACUGCGGGACAGUGGAUGGAGGGCACGGACACCCCUGUCGUCAAGAUCAGCCUUGAUCCCACCAACAAGAACCUUCAUCAGGUGCACAGAGGCUCUCUAGCCGACGUCCGCCUGCAACACGAGGAGCGUCGCAAAGCCAGUCAGCCUGUGAAGCGAGCCUCGUCACCACCACGCGAGAAAGAGCACCUCAUUCGCAACAACAUUGUCACAACACGCAAUAUCUUCGAAAAGGACAACAACGACACCAACGAGCAGAAGAGCAAGAGACUGUUCGAGCUGCCGCCCAAGAAGAUCGACAACAUCGACAACAACAAACAGUCCCACAACAACGACUACGACUGUAAAACUGAGAUGAAGAACGUGCAGAACGGUGGUGGUGGUGGAGGGGGAGACAACAAUCUCCCGCCUAAACCGUUGCCGAGAGCGUCGCGGAACAGUUCGAUUCCUGAGGAGGACACCAACAGCGUAACUCCCAAACCGGUCGCCAGACCGCGCACUAAUUCGGUGGUGAAUGUUGUGACGUCAUCUGGUGCAACUCCCACUCAGCAACAGAGCACAGUGACGUCACCGCCCGCUCAGCAGCCGAGUACAGUCACCGCUCAAAGUCCGGUACAGCUCGUUCCCGCUCAAAGCCCUGUACAGCCUGUGUCCUUCACCUCGUCUGUACAUAUUGGUGGCACCUAUAAGCCGAGACUGGGCCCAAAACCGUUCACUCCGCCGAAGCUCUCCUCGUCGGCAUCAGUAGAUACGGGGGCGGGUGGUGGAGAUGUGCCCAGUGCGCCAGCUGUUGCUGAUCCGCCGCCCCCAGCCGUCUCGCCGCCCCCGGCUGCCGUCAAUGGAGGUGGCGCUCACAGCCCCGAGCCGGUCACAGCUGAUUCGCCGCCCCAAAGCUUGCACGCCAAUCAGCCGUCCGAUGAUGAUAAACUGUUGAACGGCUCUGUGUCACAGCUGGAGAUUUCUGGCGAGAAAGAGAGCGCCAACGAGAGUGCGACAGAUGAUGUGGUGAUGGCGGGGGGUGGUGUUGGAGGGGGAGAUGAGGAGGAGCAAUGCGACGGAGCACGCAACAGCAACAGCAACGCGACAAUUGCCGAGCGACGGCGCAUGUACGAGUCGCGGUCCAUGUCUGUGCAGGAGGCCGGAUCACCCGCACCCACACCCACGCCGCUCAGGCGACGCGACUCGCUCAAGAACUCGAAAAGUGGCAAGGACAGCGAAACUCAGGCGAAACGCAACUCAGUUGCUGCUCCCACUCAGCUGUCAACAGCAGCUGCCGUGCCCAAGCGGACAUCAACUGUUUUCGGACGAGUAUCGAAAUUUCGUCACCUGAAGGGAACUCCAGCUCACAAGUCGCUGCACAUUGAGAAUGUCAGGAACGUGAGCCGUCAAAUUUCUGGAGAAUGCGAUGGGUUUCAAGCAAAUAAAGACAGAGUUGCCGUUCCUCUGAGUGGACCCGGUGGAAAGAUUGCAAUUUUCGAACUGUCGAAGCCUGGUAAGCUGCCCGAUGGAGUGAUACCUGCAUUGGUGCAGGGCACUAACGUUAUGGACUUCGUCUGGGAUCCGUUUGAUACGCAUCGGCUUGCUGUUGCGUGUGACGACGGCAGUAUCAAGCUGUGGAAAAUCCCUCGUGGAGGCCUGACGGAGCCGACCAAUGAGCCAGAGCAGGUGUUGCUGGGGCAUCAGGAGAAGGUCUACUUUGUCAAGUUCCACCCACUCGCAUCCGACGUGUUGGCAUCCGGCUCCUACGACAUGACUGUGCGUGUGUGGGACCUCUCCACCGGCCAGGAGCGGCUCGUCUUGCACGGACAUACCGAUCAGAUGCUGAGCAUGGCUUGGUCGCCGUGCGGCCGCAUGUUUGCGACUGCGUGCAAGGACACACUGCUGCGCGUGUACGACCCGCGCAAGUCGGACAACCCGGUCGGAGAGGGCAAGGGGCCGGUCGGCUCCAGGGGGGCGCGCGUCGUAUGGGCCAUUGACGGCGCUUUCAUCGUCGUCACCGGAUUUGACAAAGUGUCAGAGAGACAAAUAAUGGUGUAUAGAAGAGAGGAGCUGAACACACCCCUGGCCACAGUCGGCCUGGAUGUGUCUCCUGCUAUCCUCAUUCCUUUCUAUGAUGAGGACAGUUCAACACUCUUCUUGACUGGCAGAGGUGACUCGACAAUCUACACGUACGAGGUGAGCUGCGAGCCGCCCUACCUGUGCCCAUUGAGCCAUCACCGCUGCCCCUCCCUGCACCAGGGCCUCUCCUUCCUGGACAAGAGCUGCUGUGACGUCACCGCCGUCGAGUUUGCACGCGCCUUCCGUCUCACCAACACCACCAUCGAACCGCUCUCCUUCACUGUGCCUCGCAUCAAGGUAAACGAAAAGUGAUUGAUGUAUUUUUCG